UUCCUAUGAUAUUGUAUUUCGUUGAUGUGCAGCCAACUUCAUGCGGAUAGCCAUCGACCUUGAAUAUUGAAAUACACACAAAAUAGCAAGAAUAAAAGAGAGAACUCUUUCGGUAUGGAAAUUAAACAUUUUGGGCUAUUGGUGCUGCUUUUUUUUCAUUGUGUAUUACUUUGAAUCGUGAUUCGGCUGGGUGUUCGAUUCGCUCAGUAUAAAAAAAUGACUAAUCAUAAUUAAUAAGACAGUACUAGGAUCAAAUUGUGAAUAGAGUGCACACAAAAUAAAGGAAUGUGGAAAUAAAAUCGAAUUUCAUUUUGUUUCGUUUGUGUCACUGAUGAGAAGAAAAAAAAUUCUGUGAAAUUCAAGUGGGCACAAAAAAAAUGUCCACGAUUCAACAAUAAGCUAUUUACAAAGUGCAUUGAAAAAAAUCAAAAUUUUGUACAUGAUUAGUGUUUUUUUAAAGCAAUUUCCCAAUUAUCAACGUAAAUUAGAGUAGCUCAACAAAUAAUUGAAUGUGGAAAAAGUAGAAUUCAUUGCAAUAGAUAUUUUUUAUGGUGCGAGCGAGAAGCAAUCACACACACUUGAAGAAGAUGACGUUUGAAAAUGUCAGUGAAUUGAGACUCUAAUAAUAUAUACGAAGACGACGACGACGGUGGUACGGUCGAUAUAAGUAGCCAUGUGGUUAAAAUAGCGAAAUAAUUGAGAAAAUUACUAAGAAAAAAAUAAAAUCUAAGCUAUCGUCAAAUGUAAAUAAUACAAUCAUCAUUAUUAUCAAAGAAGUUAAGCUAAUAAAUAAGAAUGGACGAUUAAAUGCCGUGACGCAGCCUUCAUUUUACCAACUUCACUACAGAGUCAGUACAGUGUAAACAACUAGAUAAAGUGGAAAAAAUCGAACAUAAAUGUUUAAAGUCAUUGAAUUAUACAAGAAAUUCACUUUAUUUUGAUUAUUGGAAACGAAUCCAAAACUAAAUCAAUUUCAACAAUGAUGGCUCACGUAUCCACGGCUGAUGGCGAACACGAACAAGUGUCGGAAGUGAUUGCCGCAAUGGUCAUGCAAAAGGGCUACCGUGAUGGAGCCUCUUUUAUAAAUAAUGAGUGUGUUAAUGGUAAAAGCGAAUAUUUAAACUGUGUAUUGGAUGUCAUUCUAAAUCCGGAAAUGAAUAUCGAUAAUUUGGAAUACAUCGAGUGGUGCAAAUGGCUCAUAGCCGGUGGUCGUACACCUGAUGAAUUCGCAAGCAUAGUUCGAACGUACGAUAAUCAUGCCAAAUGCGGCCUAGUUUGGAUACCACAUGUGGUCGCCUAUCGAUGCCGAACGUGUGGAAUUUCGCCGUGUAUGUCAAUAUGUCGGAAUUGCUUCAAAAAAGGUGACCAUUCCACGCACGACUUCAAUAUGUUUUUGUCGCAAGCGGGCGGUGCAUGCGAUUGUGGUGAUACAUCGGUGAUGAAGGCCGAGGGUUUUUGUUCUGACCACGGCAUCAACAACCAUUCGGGAAGUUCAACAGUGCCAAAGGAUCUAAUGGCCGUUGCCGAGGCAAUAAUGCCACGUUUAUUACUUCGAUUGCUCUUUCAUUUUCGAGAUGAUGGCAAUAUUAAAGCCUGUGAUUCAUAUUGUAGUAUGCUAAUGGAACUGAAUAAUAUAGGUGAAUUAAUGCGCAACGUUAUGACAACAACACUACUCGAUAAAUCGUUAUAUACUACGCUACUCAAUCCGAAUAAUGCGAAACCGUAUUCUCAGUUCUUAGAACGAAGUAUAAUCAAAUACACGGAUGCCAAAAGCAAGCUGAAAAGUCCGGUGGCGCCAAGUAAAUAUAAAGAUUUUGCUGCUCUUCAAAGUGACAUUGUGCACUCAUCAUUGUUGGAAGAGCUGAUUUUCUGGACAUUCAAGUAUGAAUUUCCGCAAAAUUUUGUCUGUUUCUUAUUGAACAUGUUGCCCGAUCCAGAUUAUAAGGAACAACUCACACGAACAUUUGUAAUGCACUACAGCCGUAUUCCAAAGGUGCUCGAAACAUCAAGUGACCCGGAUACGUUGAGCAAUCGCGUGGUUCAUAUGAGUGUUCAGCUAUUUUCGAAUGAAAGUUUAGCACUUAAAAUGGUCGAAGAAUUGAAUCUGUUACAUGUGAUGAUCAUUAGUUUAAAGUCAAUGAUGGCGCAAAACUUGAUUCGGAAUACAUUACAUGAUGAGGAUAGGAAUACGCAUCAUGUUAUCGACUGUGCAACAAAAGCAAUGAAAGAGCAUUGUUAUUGGCCACUUGUUUCUGACUUCAAUAAUGUCCUUUCGCACGAAUCGGUAGCGCUGGUUUUCCUUCGUGAUGACGAUUUAGUAAACAUGUGGUUUCAAUUUUUGUCGAUGCUGCAAGGGAUGAAUGUAAAUGUGCGCGAAGUUGGUAGUCACAUCGAAUAUGAGCCGAGUUCUUACUACGCUGCAUUUUCAUGUGAACUAGAGGCCAGCGCAUACCCAAUGUGGUCCAUUAUAUCGCAUUUGAAUGAUAACACUCAUGCUCAGCUAGCGAAGAAGAUAAUCAUGUUCUGCACAAACUACCUUCAAGACUGGUUAAAAGCAAUUUAUCAAUCGAAACACGAUAAGAGUGAAGUUAUAAAAGAUGACAAGAACGAAAUGAUGCGAGCAUCAUUUCAUUUUCCAUUACAUCGAUACCUGGCUGCAUUCACCUGUCAGGCGGUCAGCAAAAUGAAUAUGACGCUAAAAGACAUCAUCCCUUCACCUGACUUGCUCACACUCUUGAUGAUUCAUCCACUUCGCGUUCAGAGUUUCUUCUACGAAAUUUUGGCUGGAAUAUGGAUACGAAAUGGUUUGCAGAUAAAAGGGCAAGCAAUGACAUACAUCCAGGCGAACUUCUGCAAUUCGAUGGUCGAUAUGGACUUAUAUUUUCUACAAAUAUGCGCAAUACAACUGCCGCCGAAAGUCUUUUUGCUGAACACGAUUGAGUCAUUCGGUGUGGGUGAUUGGCUGGGCAUGUGUCAGCUAUCUCAACCGCAAGAAAUGGAACAAGAUUCAAUGAUGGAAGGUUUGCUAACAUUCUUGUCGACGAUUGUUUCAUCACGAACAAACUUGGGGAAUGACGAAAAGGCACAGUGCAUAAUCGAAAUAAGUGCUUUGCUUGCGACUGGUGAUAAAACCCAUAGUCAACUAUUAGAAUUGAUGCCAGAACGAUCGGGAAAUUCGCACACCAGGAACUUUGAACAAUAUUUGAAUGAGUUAUCCGUUUUCAAGCGGCCACCAAGUCUGUCUGAAAAUUUGGAACAGGGUUUGUUCAUGCCGACGGCUGAUGUAUGGGAGAAAUAUUAUGAUCCACUUCAUGUGCUGCUGCGGGCUGUUCAUCGGCGAGAUUUUCAAAACUCAAUGGAUCGAUUCCAGAACUAUGUAAAGCAGGAGAAGAAAAUGCCGAAAAGUGGAAGUCUUUGGCCACCAUUUAGGUUGCCAGCUCCAGUCGGUGAAUUUUACAGUGAUCCAUCGUGCAUUCUGCAUUCACGCAUUUUGCACUCAAUGAUUCUGGGCAUUUUAUAUCGUGCCGUACACUUGUACAACGUGUCAGAGCACAUGUUAUCGCUGGCUAUAUUUUUGCUGGAAAUGGCCGUCACAUCCACCAAUAAUGUGCCAAAGGAUGCACUGGAAUGCAAUCAAAGUAAAAACUCGUUCACAUCGUCCAGUGAUAUUCCGGAGCUACUGAAUGUAUUUUCCGGUGACUGUUUAGCAGCUAAUCUUCGUCAUCAUGUCAGCCGUAUCGCAUUGACCUCAGUUGAACCACAAAAUUCACCGGCCAACUACAGCAACACAACAUUUGACAGUGACAUUGAGUGGGAUGUAUCGGAAAAUGAACCAUUGCAAACUUUAAUGCCAAAUAGUGCACAAAUGGAAUUGGACAUGGAAGAAGCACGAUUUGAUGUGGCACAAGAUUUGAGCAUGAUUCGCGAACGGUAUUUACCGCUGCGCAGCGGCGAUUCAAACAUGGAUGUACGCUUGGAAGCUGGUGCAUUACAGCCAUAUUCGUCUUUGCCACCAUCAAAUAAUGCUGUUAAUGCAAUUGAGUACACAAGACGCGAUUCGGAUCCUGAGCCAUCGGGGUCGACACAUUUGGCUCUGCCGCCGGUACAUGUGACCGCUGAAACUGGCAUGGAGGUUGUUGUUCGUCACAAUUUAGGCCUCGUUCCCACUGAUGAAACACAGAGACCGCAAACCGAAAUGUUUUCGCAUGCAAAUCCAGGUACAAUUCUACCCUUCCAAAGAGUACAGCCCGUAGCGGUGCCAAGCCGAAAUAUGGACAUCGUUGCCAGCACAGCAAACAAUCAACGGAGAAUGUUUUCGUCGGCAUUCAAAGCGAAAAUUGUUGAGGGAAGCAUGUCAGACACGGAUUUUAUUGUGAUUGAAGAAAGUAUCCUGUCACUUUUGCUGAAAUUGCAUUCACAGUUGAGCGGAAUAUUGGACAGUUUUUCUCUAGAUGAAGCAAAUGAAGAAAGAAAUGUAGACGCUAUGGACACCAGCGAAGCUGGACCGUCAAGUUCAAAUGCUAGUCAGACAAAUCACAGAAACAGUAAUCAAUCGGAGGCGCCGCGUAUCGGUGACGGCCCAUUUUUCAUUGGGAAUUUACUGAAGAAAAUAGCCAAAGCCGAUGAAGGAUGUGCCCAGUCAAUAAAUGAAAUCCGACAGCGUUUAUGGCCGAAUCAACGCGAAAAACAAGCCGAACAAAGAGCCAAAGAAACGAAAGAGAAAGAGGAACGAAGCAAACGUGCACGCGAACGUCAACAGAAACUCAUGGAAGAGUUUGCCAAUAAACAAAAGCGAUUUAUGGAGCAAACCGCUGAGGAAAUGGACUAUUGCGACGAUGAACAAGAAAAUGACGAGGAAGUCACGCGAGAAAAAGAGUACGUGUGCAUAAUUUGCAAUUUAACUAGCCCUAGCACUGAAUCGAACCCAAUCGGUUUGGUUGUUCUGAUUGAGUCUAGCGGAGUCGUUGGUCAUCGUAGAAAGUGUGGUGAACGCUUUAAAUUACCACUUAACGAUGAAGAAGCAAAAGCGAUGACAACGGAACGAUUUGCCACCGAGUGUGCACAUCAAAAUAGGUUGCUUACAUACCGAUUCGGCGAGGAAUCCUGGUUUUUAACCAGCAAUAAUUCAUUUGAAUCAGGCAUAUUUGUACAGUCUUGCGGCCACUAUGUUCAUCUUAUGUGCCACGAAGCGUACCUAAACUCACUCAGUUCACAACGUCAACAAAGCUUGAAUGUUGAACGCGGAGAAUUUUUGUGUCCAGUCUGUCGACAGCUAGCCAACGCAGUUUUGCCGCUCAGUCCACAAACGGAAACACCAACCUCCGUCGUUCGCUCGAAAGAAGAGGCGAAAAAAGAACAUUUAUUCAAAACGUUGUUGGGAGAGUUGACCAUUCUAAUCAAAGAGAACGAACAGCCUCCGCCAACAAAAUCAGCGAAACCGACGAAACUUAACGAAGCAAUGGGACGCGCAAUGGAAAUAAUCUCAGAAUGCACUUACCCAAAACUAUUCAAGCCGUCACAUAGAAGACUAUUCUUAUUUGUUACAUCUAUAGCUCGAACCAAUUUGGAAGCCGAAGUCAUUCAAAGAGGCGGUUCAUUAUGUUCGAAGAAUGCCUUGCGAUAUAAACCAAAGCGAGAGUGCCUGGUGCCUCUUUUGAGCUUAUUGUCGGAGUAUCUACGUCUGUUGGCAGGUUGGCCGCUUUGGCAAUCCUUCGUGUCUUUGUACGAAGUUCAGUCAACCAACACCGCAUCGGUGCCUGCGCACUGUCAAGAAAUCAUCCCUAGUUUGUUGGCAGAUCCAAUAGCUCUUCUGAUUAAGUAUACGUUAUUAGCUCCACUUCGUAUGGAUAUAGUUUACUUCACUUGCAUCGUAAAAGUCAUGUACAACUUGUUGUACUUUCAAGUCAUUGUAAAACUAUGCUCAUCUCUAACCGAAGCCGAAUGUGAUCAGAUUAUUGCAAGAUAUGCAACAAAUGAACCUAUCGAAAUUUCUGGCUUCAAUAAUUUGGGCUCUGUGUUGGCAUUUGUUUUGAAAAUCACGAACAAAUGCGAACAAUUUCGAACGAGUUCAUCGUUUGCAAUGAACAAUGUUUCAGCGACGUUUGCGUCCACUUCAUCAUCAUCAUCAUCAUCAUCAUCAUCAUCGCAGCAACAGGAACCACAUCAACAACUGAAUUUGAAUCUUAUAGAACAACAACUGCAGAAGCUUUGUUUGCCUUUCCUACGAAUCGCUACCCUGCUUCGGCAUCAUCUGUACGAGCAAAACCUACCCGACAUCAAAGUUCCACAAAUGGAAUUCGUGUGCUUAGUCUACUUCUUGGAAUUAGUCACAAUUGAUAUUAAUUGGGAUAGUUUUGAUGCUGCUAAAGCAUUGUGUUUUGUGCCUGGUCACGAGCAAAAAUUACCCGAGGUUUGGUGUAACCAGCUGAUAAGUCUCAAUCGUAAUUCUGAGCCUGACGAGCAGCAUCGAGCCAUUGUCACGCUUGUUGACAAUCAACAUGCAUUGUGGCAACAGCCAAGACUUCUCCGGCUUCCACGAGAAUAUGAAAAACUAUUCACGUACUACCACGAAAAAGUGUGUCCAAAUUGCAACAACGUGCCGAGAGAGUGUUCGAUUUGUUUGCUCUGUGGAACGAUUGUCUGUCUGAAGCAACGGUGUUGCGUGGAAUCGAGCUGUUUUGAAGCUGUUAGGCAUUCAAUGAGAUGCGGUGGAGGAACAGGUAUAUUUUUGGUUGUGCCUUCGACUUACAUAAUCGUUGUAAGAGGACGGAGAGCUUGUCUAUGGGGUUCACUUUACUUGGAUGACUACUUUGAAGAGGAUAGAGAUCUAAGACGGGGAAGACCAUUGUAUUUGAGUGAAGAGCGCUUCAAUUUGUUAGAAUCUCAAUGGCUAUCACAUCGUUUUGCUCAUACAAAACAUACUUGGGUGUUGCAUAAAGACACACUUUGAUUUCUCUAGAACAAUUAAAUCAAAUAACAAACAAUUCAAUGGAUAUUUUUUAAACAAAUAAAAACGGAUGGAAUAUCAAAUCAUAUGGAGCAAUAAUAAUAAUUCCAAUUAUGUCUGAAAGGAAAAGUCACAUAAAAGAAGUUCAACUAAACAAAAAAGAUAAAUACGUACAUACAUGAAAAUAAUUGCUACACUCUGUAUAAAAAAAAAUAUAAAAUAGAUUAGAUGCACAGAAA